AUGGCGAGAGAGCAGCCUAACGUAGCAGACCUCCUCCCUCUCCUGGAGUCCUCUGACAUCCACCAACUGGAGGAGAUUAAAGGCCUUAUCAAUGAGCAUCUCAGCACUGGUGAGAACUCUGCUUUUUAAUAAGUUGUUUUUGGACUUUGUCAGUCAGUUUUUUGGACUUUGUCAGUCAGCCUUUUAUCCUGUACUCUGAUGAUUGUAUUAGAGGGCUAUUAUGCAGCCAUAUUGUGGACCAUAAUGUGGAUGUUGGGACUAUAUUCAUUCUUCCCUCCUCUCUGUGCAGAGCGAGGGGCCAUGCUGCUGAAUGGACUGGUGGACUACUUCCUGGAGACUAACUCAGCCCAGGCCAUUAAUAUUCUCUCCUCAGUCAGAGAGCCACAUGAUAAGGUGAGAUCUGCCUAACCCCACCAUCACCUUCACCCUAUAUCUCAAGAGACUAAUGUACCCCCAUUUUUAAUCAGAUAUUAAUUAAAUAACUUGAACUCAUGCAUUGAGUAACUAUUAAUAAGUAUGAUUGUCUUAUAGCCCAAUGUUUUUAAUUUACCCACCACAGCACCUACUGGACAAGAUGAACGAGUGUAUGACCAAACAGGCCUGCCGGCUGCCUACCCUCACCCUGCUGGGCCACGUGGUCCGCAAGCAGCCGUCCUGGAUCCACAAGAUCGCCCGCUACCCGCUGCUUCUCUCGCUGCUUAAAUGCCUCAAAGUAAGAGUGAAAUGGGCCAUUACCCUCAGAUGUCUCCUAAAUAUAUUGUUCUUUGUAAAAAAAAAUACUUGGAAACACAAGCUUAUUAAAUCAAGUGUCCUGGACAUCUUUCACUUGUAUGCUAAUGUUGAAUGUUUUUCUUCCCAUUGUGUGCAGACGGAUUUAGACGUGGUGGUCCUCAUAACUGGAGUCCUGGUGUUGAUCACUCUGCUACCCAUGAUCCCCCAGGCUGGCAAACAACACCUGUAUGAGUUCUUUGACAUUUUUGGCCGCCUGGCUUCCUGGAACCUGAAGAACCCAGGUAAUCCCUGAGAAAAGACUCAGAUGAGCUAUUUUAUUAAAAUAGAAGACAAGAAAAAUAUUGGAAAUAGUUGAGAGCCAGGCAUGGUUUUAGAUGCACUGUUUUUGUUCACACUGCCUCUGACCUGACAUCAUGUCCUCUCCUUCUGUUCCUCUUGCUUCCCCCAGGGCACGUCUCCGAGGUGUACCUCAUCCACCUGCACGCCAGCAUCUACUCGCUCUUCCACCGUCUCUACGGCAUGUACCCCUGCAACUUUGUGUCCUACCUGCGCUCCCACUACAGCAUGAAGGAGAACGUGGACACCUUUGAGGAGGUGGUGAAGGUGAGAGACUUGAGCUUUUGCAUUUGAUCAAUUUUUAAUUUUGAUCAUUUUUAUUCUAUUGAUUUGGCUUCAGAAAGAUAUCUACCCAUAGAAAUUGAUCUAAUUUAAAUGGUUCCAUCAGUUUUUUAUUUAUUUGUUCUUUCCCCAUUUUUUGCAGCCAAUGCUGGAACACGUCCGUAUACACCCAGAACUAGUGACUGGAACUAAGGACCAUGAGCUUGAUCCCACCAGGUCAGUCAAUCACAGCUCUCCAGCUUCACUCACUUGUUUAUAUACCAAAUUCUGUCAACCAAAACAAGAGUUUAUCUGCUGAAAGAGCUCAUCUGCUGUAUGAGCAAAUUAGAGAUUAUUAUUACAUAGUUUUUCUCAGUGGGAUUGACCAUGCUGGAUCUCUGCAGGUGGAAGAGGUUUGAGAUUCAUGACAUCGUCAUAGAGUGUGCCAAAGUGUCUCUGGACCCCAAGGAAGCGUCGUGUGAGGAGGGCUAUGCGACCAUGCCCGAGAACCUCUACCCCCACCUGGAGCUUCACCCACAUGAGUCCGUCUCCAGCCCCUACACUGACUUCCACAACAGCUACGGUGACACCACACCCCCUCCCUCACCUCUCACCUCCCAUUGGUGGAUAGGAAUGUCAUAACAGUUUUAUUGGUGUUCUCACUGAGUAUAUUGUUCAUGUCUGAAAUUUGUUUACAGUUUUUUCACUGUCAUGUGAAUUGUCAGACUAUCAAUCAUCUGAAAUAAUGUUUUUCUAAUGUUGUUUGGCUGCCAGACGAGUUAGUUGGUUUGUAAUAAUGACUUGUCAUGAGGUGAUUAUGGUGUUGUUGAUAAAAAUGGAGAAUGAAUGGAAGACUUAACACAUCGAUAUGGGAGUCAGUGAGUCAGACUGAUUAUUUUCCUCUCCUCCCCACAGGAAGCUCCUCUUCGACCCCUUUCUCUACCCCCCACCAGCCACUGCUACCGCCCCUGUCCCUGCCCCCUCUCUCAGGGGCACAGUCCUUCUAUCGCAGCCCCCAGACCUCCAGACGUCAGGUAACACCAACACAGCAUUUCACUACACUGACCUAUAGUAAAUGUGUCCAGAUUAGGGUUUGUUGGAGAGUGCCUGCCUGAGUGGGCAGCCACUGCUAUCUGCUGCUUCUUCUCUAUUCACUUCUUGUUCUGCAGAGGGUGUUUAUUUGUAACUUAUUUUGUACAUAAUGUUUCUGCCACCGUCUCUUAUGACCAAAAAGAGCUUCUGGAUAUCAGGACAGCGAUUACUCACCUCGUACUAGACAAAUAUUGUUUUAUUUAACGAGUCGGAGGCAAAGGAUUUUCUUCAGACACACAACAAGGCCCAAAUCCCUGUCAUUCGCAUGUGAACGAGACUGAGAAAUCGGAGACGUAGGUCAGGGUGCCUUGUAAGGAUCCGACGGCGAGUGGUAAUCUGCCUCUACCAUCAGUCCUAUUAGCCAACGUACAAUCAUUGAAUAACAAAAUAGAUGAACUUCGAUCAUGGAUAUCCUACCAACGGGACAUGUAAUAUCUUGUGUUUCACUGAGUCGUGGCUAAACGACAACAUGGAUAACAUACAGCUUGCGGGAUAUACGCUGCAUCGGCAAGAUAGAACAGCUGCCUCCGGUAAGACAAGGGGUGGUGGUCUGUGUAUAUUUGUAAACAACAGCUGGUGCACAAAAUCUAAUAUUAAGGAAGUCUCAAGGUUUUGCUCGCCUGAGGUAGAGUAUCUCAUGAUAAGCUGUAGACCACACUAUAUACCAAGAGAGUUUUCAUCUAUAUUUUUCGUAGCUGUCAAUUUACCACCACAAACCGAUGCUGGCACUAAGACUGCACUCAAUGAGCUGUAUAAGGCCAUAAGCAAACAGGAAAACGCUAAUCAAGAGGCAGCGCUCCUAGUGGCCGGGGACUUUAAUGUAGGGAAACUUAAAUCCCUUUUACCUAAUUUCUACCAGCAUGUUAAAUGUGCAACCAGAGGAAGAAAACUAGAUCACCUUCACUACAUACGCAGAAGCGUAAAAGAAGCUCUCCCUUGCCUUCCAUUUGGCAUAUCUGACCAUAACUCUAUGAUUCCUGCUUACAAGCAAAAACUAAAGCAGGAAGCACCAGUGACUCGGUCAAUAAAUAUGUGGUCAGAUGACGCAGAUGCUAAGUUACAAGACUGUUUUGCUAGCGCAGACUGGAAUAUGUUACGGGAUUCUUCCGAUGGCAUUGAGGAGUACACCACAUCAGUCACUGGCUUCAUCAAUAAGUGCAUCGACGACGUCGUCCCCACAGUGACUGUACGUACAUACCCCAACCAGAAGCCAUGGAUUACAGGCAACAUCCGCACUGGGCUAAAGGGUAGAGCUGCCGCUUUCAAGGAACGUGACUCUAACCCGGAGGCUUAUAAGAAAUCCCGCUAUGCCCUCCCACGAACCAUCAAACAGGCAAAGCGUCAAUACAGGACUAAGAUUGAAUCGUACUACACCGGCUCCGACGCCGGAUGUGGCAGGGCAUGCAAACUAUUACAGACUACAAAGGAAAGCACAGCCACGAGCUGCCCAGUGAUACGAUCCUACCAUACGAGCUAAAUUACUUCUAUGCUCGCUUCGAGGCAAGCAACACUAAAGCAUGCAUGAGAGCAUCAGCUGUUCCAGACGACUGUGUGAUCACACCACUCCGUAGCCGAUGUGAGUAAGACCUUUAAUUAGGUCCACAUUCACAAGGCCGCAGGGCCAGAUGGAUUACCGGGACGUGCUCUCCGAGCAUGCGCUGACCAACUGGCAAGUGUCUUCACUGACACAUCUGACACACUGAUCCUUAACACGGGGGCCCCUCAGGGGUGCAUGCUCAGUCCCCUCCUGUACUCCCUGUUCACCCAUGACUGCAUGGCCAGGCACGACUCCAGCACCAUCAUUAAGUUUGCAGACGACACAACAGUGGUAGGCCCGAUCACCGACAACGAUGAGACAGCCUAUAGGGAGUAGGUCAGAGACCUGGCCGUGGGGUGCCAGGAUAACCUCUCCCUCAACGUGAUCAAGACAAAGGAGAUGAUUGUGGACUACAGGAAAAAGAGGACAGAGCACGCCCCCAUUCUCAUCGACGGGGCUCUAGUGGAGCAGGUUGAGAGCUUCAAGUUCCUUGGUGUCCACAUCACCAACAAACUAUCAUGGUCCAAACACACCAAGACUGUCGUGAAGAGGGCACGACAAAGCCUAUUCCCCCUCAGGAGACUGAAAAGAUUUGCAUGAGUCCGCAGAUCCUCAAAAGGUUAUACAGCUGCACCAUCGAGAGCAUCCUAACUGGUUGCAUCACUGCCUGGUAUGGCAACUGCUCGGCCUCUGACCACAAGGCACAAUGGAGGGUAGUGCGUAUGGCCCAGUACAUCACUGGGUCCAAGCUUCCUGCCAUCCAGGACCUCUAUACCAGGCGGUGUCAGAGGAAGGCCCUAAAAAUGUCAGACUCCAGCCACCCUAGUCAUAGACUGUUCUCUCUGCUACCGCACGGCAAGCGGUACCAGAGCACCAAGUCUAGGUCCAAAAGGCUUCAUAACAGCUUCUACCCCCAAGCCAUAAGACUCCUGAACAGCUAAUCAAAUGGCUACCCAGACUAUUUGCAUUGUUCCAGCUUCAUGAGGUAGUCACCUGGAAUGCAUUUCAAUUAACAGGUGUGCCUUCUUAAAAGUUAAUUUGUGGAAUCUCUUUCUUUCCUUAAUGCGUUUGAGCCAAUCAGUUGUGUUGUGACAAGAUAGCGGGGGUAUACAGAAGAUAGCCCUAUUUCGUAAAAGACCAAGUCCAUAUUAUGGCAAGAACAGCUCAAAUAAGCAAAGAGAAAUGUCAGUCCAUCAUUACUUUAAGACAUUAAGGUCAGUCAGUACGGAAAAUUUCAAUAACUUUGAAAGUUUCUUCAAGUGCAGUCACAAAAACCAUCAAGCGCUAUGAUGAAACUGGCUCUCAUGAGGACCGCCACAGGAAUGGAAGGCCCAGAGUUACCUCUGCUGCAGAGGAUGUUCAUUAGAGUAACCAGCCUCAGAAAUUGCAGCCCAAAUAAAUGCUUCAUAGAGUUCAAGUCACAGACAUCUCAACAUCAACUGUUUCAGAGGAGACUGCGUGAAUCAGGCCUUCAUAGUCGAAUUGCUGCAAAGAAACCACUACUAAAGGACACCAAUAAGAAGAAGAGACCUGCUUGGGCCAAGAAACACGAGCAAUGGACAUUAGACCAGUGGAAAUUUGUCCUUUGGUCUGGAGUCCAAAUUUGAGAUUUUUGGUUCCAACCGCCGUGUCUUUGUGAGACUCGUGUGGGUGAACGGAUGAUCUCCGCAUGUGUAGUUCCCACCGUAAAGCAUGGAGGAGGAGGUAUAUUUUGAUUUGUUUAACACCUUUUUGGUUACUACAUGAUUCCAUAUGGUCUCCCGAGUGGCGCAGUGGUCUAAGGCACUGCAUCGCAGUGCUAGCUGUGCCACUAGAGAUCCUGGUUCGAAUCCAGGCUCUGUCGUAGCCGGCCGUGACCGGGAGACCCAUGGGGUGGCGCACAAUUGGCCCAGCGUCGUCCAGGGUAGGGGAGGGAAUGGCCGGCAGGGAUGUUGGUUGAGCAUGGCGUUUGCAACGCCAGGGUUGUGGGUUCGAUUCCCGGGGGGGGGCCAGUAUGAAAAAAUAAAUAAAAAAUGCACUCACUAACUGUAAGUCGCUCUGGAUAAGAGCGUCUGCUAAAUGACUAAAAUGUAAAAAAUAUGUGUUAUUUGAUAGUAUAAAAAAAAUACCUGGAAUGAGUAGGUGUGUCCAAACUAUUGACUGGUACUGUACAGUGAGGGAAAAAAGUAUUUGAUCCCCUGCUGAUUUUGUACGUUUGCCCACUGACAAAGACAUGAUCAGUCUAUAAUUUUAAUGGUAGGUUUAUUUGAACAGUGAGAGACAGAAUAACAACAACAAAAUGUAGAAAAACGCAUGUAAAUUUUUUUUGAAAUUGAUUUGCAUUUUAAUGUGGGAAAUAAGUAUUUGACCCCUCUGCAAAACAUGACUUAGUACUUGGUGGCAAAACCCUUGUUGGCAAUCAUUCAGACGUUUCAUGUAGUUGGCCACCAGUUUUGCACACAUCUCAGGAGGGAUUUUGUUCCACUCCUCUUUGCAGAUCUUCUCCAAGUCAUUAAGGUUUAGAGGCUGACGUUUGGCAACUCGAACCUUCAGCUCCCUCCACAGAUUUUCUAUGGGAUUAAGGUCUUGAGACUGGCUAGGCCACUCCAGGACCUUAAUGUUCUUCUUCUUGAGCCACUCCUUUGUUGCCUAGGCCGUGUGUUUUGGGUCAUUGUCAUGCUGGAAUACCCAUCCACGACCCAUUUUCAAUGCCCUGGCUGAGGGAAGGAGGUUCUCACCCAAGAUUUGAUGGUACAUGGCCCCGUCCAUCGUCCCUUUGAUGCAGUGAAGUUGUCCUGUCCCCUUAGCAGAAAAACACCCCCAAAGCAUAAUGUUUCCACCUCCAUGUUUGACGGUGGGGAUGGUGUUCUUGGGGUCAUAGGCAGCAUUCCUCCUCCUCCAAACACGGCAAGUUGAGUUGAUGCCAAAGAGCUCGAUUUUGGUCUCAUCUGACCACAACACUUUCACCCAGUUCUCCUCUGAAUCAUUCAGAUGUUCAUUGGCAAACUUCAGACGGCCCUGUAUAUGUGCUUUCUUGAGCAGGGGGACCUUGCGGGCGCUGCAGGAUUUCAGUCCUUCACGGCGUAGUGUGUUACCAAUUGUUUUCUUGGUGACUAUGGUCCCAGCUGCCUUGAGAUCAUUGACAAGAUCCUCCCGUGUAGUUCUGGGCUGAUUCCUCACCGUUCUCAUGAUCAUUGCAACUCCACGAGGUGAGAUCUUGCAUGGAGCCCCAGGCCGAGGAAGAUUGACAGUUAUUUUGUGUUUCUUACAUUUGAGAAUAAUGGUGGAGAGUUUGGAAUCUGAUUGAUUGAUUGCUUCUUUGGACAGGUGUCUUUUAUACAGGUAACAAGCUGAGAUUAGGAGCACUCCCUUUAAGAGUGUGCUCCUAAUCUCAGCUCAUUACCUGUAUAAAAGACACCUGGGAGCCAGAAAUCUUUCUGAUUGAGAGGGGUCAAAUACUUAUAUCCCUCAUUAAAAUGCAAAUCAAUUUAUAACAUUUUUGACAUGUGUUUUUUCUGGAUUCUUUUUGUUAUUAUUCUGUCUCUCACUGUUCAAAUAAACGUACCAUUAACAUUAUAGACUGAUCAUGUCUUUGUCAGUGGGCAAACGUUCAAAAUCAGCAGGGUAUCAAAUACUUUUUUCCCUGACUGUACAUAUUACCUCGACUAACCUGUGCCCCUGCACAUUGACUCUGUACUGGUACCCCCUGUAUAUAGCCUCCCUACUGUUACUUUAUUUUACUGCUGCUCUUUAAUUAUUUUUAAUUUGUAUUUAUAUUUUUCUUAAAAUUGCAUUGUUGGUUAAGGGCUUGUAAGUAAGCAUUUCACUGUAAGGUCUACACCUGUUGUAAUCGGCGAAUGUGACAAAUAAAUUUUGAUUUGAUAAAUUGGCUGUGUCAGAUGCUGUUAGUCGCUUGUCCCUGAUCCCACUGCACCCCCCCCACCCCCUCCGGGCCUAUGAAUCGGCCCCUUGUUUUCAGAGAGGGAGAGCAGAGGGAGGGGAGGCUUUGAAUCGUUGGAGUGGGCAAGGCUGGCUGGCAGGCGGGCGGUGGUGUCAGGCCUUAGAAAGCAGAAAACAUGCCCUCACGCCCCUGCCCUGCCACGCCACUCCACUGUGGUCUGUCACAGGGGCUGGUUGCCCUGGCGACGCUGUCUGUCCCUUUCUUUGUGAGCCACCCACGCAGGGGGUCCUGGUGUUGUUCAGCCCUCUGGGUUUGUCUAAGGAUUCAUCGGUAGGAAACGGAGAUCCUGGAAAACACUGUAGCCUAAUUUCCAGAUUCAAUUUAUAGUAUACCACAUCUGUUGUCAUUAUCAAACAUUGAAGCAUAAUUAUGUGUGUAAUUAUCACUUAACAUGUAACAUUGUGAAUGUUUUCCUACAGAACUCUAGCUGUGAACUCAACUCCUCCUGUGUGGUAAAGGAACUGUGGAGCCCCUCCUCCCUGUGUGGCAUGGCCACUCCCCCUUCCUCCAGGGGCAUGUCACCCAACCCAGAGCUCUCCCAUAGUGCCUCUCACCUCCCAGGCCACCGCGGCCUCAGCACAUCAGGUGACGAGGGAUCAUUCAACUAUUACAACAUAGUCAGGUCCAUAAUUAUUGGCACCCUUGAAAAAGAUGAGCAAAAAAGACUGUAUAAAAUAAAUAAUACAAAUACUGAGCUAUAAUAUAUGCAACAAGAAAAAUAUUUUGUUUAACAAGUAAUAAUAAAAAUAGAAAAAAUAUAUGGGUGGAAAUUAUUGGCACCCAUGUUUUCAGUACUCUAGCACCCUCCCCUUGCGACAAAAAUGUUUUAUUCGAUUGGAGAACACAUUGGGACGGAUAUUAGACCAUUCCUCCAUACAGAAUCUUUCCAGAUCCUUGAUAUCCUUCGUCUAUUCUUAUGGACUGCCCUCUUCAAUUCAAACCAAAGGUUUUCAAUGGGGCUCAAGUCCGGAGACUGAGAUGGCCAUUGCAAAAUGUAGAUUUUUGUGGUCAAUUAACAAUUUCUUUGUGGAUUUUGAUUAGUGCUUGGGAUGAUUGUCUUGUUGGAAGAUCUACUUGCAGCCAAGUGUCAUCCUCCUGGCAGAGGCAACCAGGUUUUUGGCUAAAAUGUCCUGGGACUUGGUAAAGUUCAUGAUGCUGUUGACUUUAACAAGGGCCCCCCCAGAACCAAUGGUCUAAGAUCCCUCCCAAUGUGUUCUCCAAUCGAAUAAAAUAUUUUAGAAAAGCUAGUGUAUUGAAAACAGGGAUGCCAAUAAGUUUGACCCCUAUCUUCUUUUCAUUGAUUUUUUGGUAAUACUUGUUAAACAAUAUAUUAUCUGAGCAGUUGUAUAAGCAUAAAAUAAUAUAAUUUCCCCUUUUUUUGCAUACAAUAUAUUUCAGUAUUUGUAUUGGUUAUUUUCUACAGUCUUUUUUGCUCAUCUUUAUCAAGGGUGCCAUUAAUGAUCAACCUGACUGAAUUAUGUGUUGUGUGAUUGAUAUAGAUUUAAUAAACAAUAUUGAUUUGUAUGAUAUAACAUGCUGUAGAAAAUGAUCCCAACAUGCAUCUUUACACCUUUAUAAUAUACAGUGGGGUAAAAAAGUAUUUAGUCAGCCACCAAUUGUGCAAGUUCUCCCACUUAAAAAGAUGAGAGAGGCCCUGUAAUUUUCAUCAUACGUACACAUCAACUAUGACAGACAAAUUGAGGAAAGAAAAUCCAGAAAAUCACAUUGUAGGAUUUUUAAUGAAUUUAUUUGCAAAUUACGGUGGAAAAUAAGUAUUUGGUCACCUACAAACAAGCAAGAUUUCUGGCUCUCACAGACCUGUCACUUCUUCUUUAAGAGGCUCCUCUGUCCUCCACUCGUUACCUGUAUUAAUGGCACCUGUUUGAACUUGUUAUCAGUAUAAAAGACACCUGUCCACAAUCUCAAACAGUCACACUCCAAACUCCACUAUGGCCAAGACCAAAGAGCUGUCAAAGGACACCAGAAACAAAAUUGUAGACCUGCACCAGGCUGGGAAGACUGAAUCUGCAAUAGGUAAGCAGCUUGGUUUGAAUAAAUCAACUGUGGGAGCAAUUGUUAGGAAAUGGAAGACAUACAAGACCACUGCUAAUCUCCCUUGAUCUGGGGUUCCACGCAAGAUCUCACCCCGUGGGGUCAAAAUGAUCACAAGAACGGUGAGCAAAAAUCCCAGAACCACACAGGGGGACCUAGUGAAUGACCUGCAGAGAGCUGGGACCAAAGUAACAAAGCCUACCAUCAGUAACACACUACGCCGCCAGGGACUCAAAUCCUGCAGUACAAGACGUGUCCCCCUGCUUAAGCCAGUACAUGUCCAGGCCCGUCUGAAGUUUGCUAGAGUGCAUUUGGAUGAUCCAGAAGAGGAUUGGGAGAAUGUCAUAUGGUCAGAUGAAACCAAAAUAUAACUUUUUGGUAAAAACUCAACUCGUCGUGUUUGGAGGACAAAGAAUGCUGAGUUGCAUCCAAAGAACACCAUACCUACUGUGACGCAUGGGGGUGGAAACAUCAUGCUUUGGGGCUGUUUUUCUGCAAAGGGACCAGGACGACUGAUCCGUGUAAAGGAAAGAAUGAAUGGGGCCAUGUAUCGUGAGAUUUUGAGUGAAAACCUCCUUCCAUCAGCAAGGGCAUUGAAGAUGAAACGUGGCUGGGUCUUUCAGCAUGACAAUGAUCCCAAACACACCGCCCGGGCAACGAAGGAGUGGCUUCGUAAGAAGCAUUUCAAGGUCCUGGAGUGGCCUAGCCAGUCUCCAGAUCUCAACCCCAUAGAAAAUCUUUGGAGGGAGUUGAAAGUCAAUGUUGCCCAGUGACAGCCCCAAAACAUCACUGCUCUAGAGGAGAUCUGCAUGGAGGAAUGGGCCAAAAUACCAGCAACAGUGUGUGAAAACCUUGUGAAGACUUAUGGAAAACGUUUGACCUGUGUCAUUGCCAACAAAGGGUAUAUAACAAAGUAUUGAGAAACUUUUGUUAUUGACCAAAUACUUAUUUUCCACCAUAAUUUGCAAAUAAAUUCAUUAAAAAUCCUACAAUGUGAUUUUCUGGAUUUUUUUCUUGGGAGAACUUGCACAAUUGGUGGCUGACUAAAUACUUUUUUCCCCCACUGUAUGAAGUACAAUCUGUCUUUCUUCAACAUCAGAUUUUCAACUUUUCUGUUUACACUAUUUGUAUUUAUUAAGGAUCCCCAUUAGAUCCUGCCAAGGCAGCACCUACUCUUCCUAGGGUCCAGCAAUAUUAAGGCAGUUAUAUACAGUUUAAAAUAUUACAUGACAUUACAUUUCAUAACACUUUACCCAAUAAGUUUAGUGUGUUUGCUAAGGCCACUACUCCACUAUCACAUAUUUACAAUACAACAUCCAUGUGUACGUGUGUGUAGAGUGCGUGUCUUAUCAUGUGUCUGUGUGUGUGUGUCUCCACAGUCCCCUUUGUUCCAUAAGGUGUAUUUUUAUCUGUAUUUUUUUAUCUGAUUCUACCGCUUGCAUUAGUUACCUGAUGUGGAAUAGAGUUCCAUGUAGUCAUGGCUCUGUGGUACUGUGCACCUCCCAUAGUCUGUUCUUGACUUGGGGAUUGUGAAGAGACCUUUGGUGGCAUGUCUUGUGGGGUAUGCAUGGGUGUCUAAGCUGUGUGCUAGUUGUUUAAACAGACACCUCGGUGCAUGUCAACACUUCUUACAAAAACAAGUAGUAUGAAAAAUGUAUGCACUCACUAACUGUAAGUCGCUCUGGAUAAGAGCGUCUGCUAAAUCUGCUAAAAUGUAAAUGUGAUUAAGUCCAUCUCCUCCACUUUGAGCCAUGAGAGAUUUACAUGCAUAUUAUUAAUGUUAGCUCUCCAUGUACAUUUAAGGGCCAGCCGUGCUGCCCUGUUCUGAGCCAGUUGUAAUUUUCCUGAGGUCCCUCUGUGGCACCUGACCACACGACUGAACAGUAGUCAACUGUGGCAGCGUGUAUAGCAUCGUGUGGGCCAGCGGUUUGCUGAUGUCAACGUUGUGAACAGAGUGCCCCAUGGUGGGGUUAUGAUAUGGGCAGGCAUAAGCUACGGACAACGAACACAAUUGCAUUUUAUCAAUGGCAAUUUGAAUGCACAGAGAUACCGUGACAAGAUCCUGAGGCCCGGUGUUGUGCCAUUCAUCCGUUGCCAUCACCUCAUGUUCCAGCAUGAUAAUGCAUGGCCCCAUGUCGCAAGGAUCUGUAUAGAAUUCCUGGAAGUUGAAAAUGUCCCAGUUCUUCCAUGGCCUGCAUACUUACCAGACAUGUCACCCAUUGAGCAUGUUUGGCUUGCUCUGGAUCGAAGUGUACGACAACGUGUUCCAGUUCCCGCCAAUAUCCAGCAACUUCGCAUUCACGGCCCUACUUUAUUUGUAUUUUUAUCUGUGACCAACGUAUGCAUAUCUGUGUUUCUUAGUCAUGUGAAAUCCAUAGAUUAGGGCCUAAUGAAUUUAUUUCAAUUGACUGAUUUCCUUAUAUGAACUGUAACUCAGUAAAGUAUUUUUAAAUUGUUGCAUUUUGCGUUUAUCUUUUUGUUCAGUGUAGUUUGAAUGAAUCAAUACAAUAGAAUGGCCCGCCCUGUUCUUCAUUCACAAUUGGUGAUUACAUAAUGUAGCAUCGUACGCUUCCCCUCACUCAUCAACUCACCCAUUCUCCCCCAUCAUACUUUACUUAAUAUUUUUCAUCUAUUAUAUGUGUGAAAUUAGUUUCGGUUCAGUUUCGAGGCAGUUUUCGGGGUGAUUAUCAACUGGGCACUGCACUUUCAACUGUUGGAACAAGGAGCUGAGCACGCCCUAUUGUUGUGAGAAGGAUGGGCAACGUGGGAAAACCAUUCAAAAAAAUGACAUGCCAUCCUAAAACUGGUUAUAACUCCAGUUCUGUUUGUGAUUGUAAUAUUCUAACACUGACAGUGUGUUAUAUAGACUUAUUCAGGAAAAGUCAAGGACUUUAAAAAAACAAUGAGCAGUGAAAAUGACUGCUUUAGCGGUUCUAAUGUUAAUCCUACAUUACAUUUUGGUUGUUAUUUUCUCCUAAUUGCUGGGUUCUGUCAGCAGGUGGCAAAGGUACACCUGCCUCCAGCACUCCUGCCACCUCCUCCCCGCCCCACACCCUCUCUGAUGAGUUCCCCAUCAUCCCCCUGCUCUCCAACACCACCAGUCCACCACAGAAGGUACAGUAUGACAUCCAUUCCCACAAUGGGCAACUGGCCUUUGUAGUGUAGUAAGUAGAGAACUUGGGACUUCCUGGUUAAAUAAAAACCUGUGAAUAACAACUGUUCACUUUCAGGAUGGCCACCCUGUAGAAGCAUCCAAACCCAGCCUGGUGAGGCAGGAACCAAUCAGAGAUCCUGAAAAAGGUGGAGAGGUCAUCAACAACAACAGAGGUCAGUCAUCUUUAAAAAAUGUGGCAUUGGAUAUUACAUUUGUAUGCUUUUUACUAAGUCCUUGGUUUUUAAACAUUGUCAGUCCAUGUUUUCUGGUAGAAGAUUGUUUUAUGGAAAACUGUAUGUUUAUUGGCUGUCUUCUGCAUACUAGAUGUAGGUGGUGGUGAGACCGUUUCCAUGACACUGACAGAGCUGUCAGUCUUUAUGAAGGAGCUUCAGCUGAGAACAGAGAAGGAGAGGGAAGAGGGUGGGUACACUGACUGAGAAUGGGAGUGUGCUGGUCUAUAUGAGGUUGACAUAACAUUUCAGUUGAAUGAGAGUGAACCAUAUACACUACUUGACCAAAAGUAUGUGGACACCUGCUCGUCGAACAUCUCAUUCCAAAAUAAUGGGCAUUAAUAUGGAGUUGGUCCCCUCUUUGCUGCUAUAACAGCCUCCACUCUUCUGGGAAGGCUUUCCACUAGAUGUUGGAACAUUGCUGUGGGGACUUGCUUCCACUCAGCCACGAGCAUUAGUGAGAUCGGGCAUUGAUGUUGGGCGAUUAGGCCUGGCUCGCAGUCAGCGUUCCAAUUCAUCCCAAAGGUGUUCGAUGGGGUUGAGGUCAGGGCUUUGUGCAGGCCAGUCAAGUUCUUCCACACCGAUCUCGACAAACCAUUUCUGUAUGGACCUCGCUUUGUGCACGGGGGCAUUGUCAUACUGAAUCAAGAAAGGGCCUUCCCCAAACUGUUACCAGAAAGUUGGAGGCACAGAAUCUUCUAGAAUGUCAUUGUGUGCUGUAGCGCUAAGAUUUCCCUUCACUGAAAAACAGCCCCAGACCAUUAUUCCUCCUCCACCAAACUUUACAGUUGGCACUAUGCAUUGGAGCAGGUAGCUUUCUCCUGGCAUCCGCCAAACCCAGAUUCGUCCGUCGGACUGCCAGAUGGUGAAGCGUGAUUCAUCAUUCCAGAAAACGUGUUUCCACUGCUCCAGAGUCCAAUGGCAUUGAGCUUUACACCACUCCAGCCGACGCUUGGCGUUGUGCAUGGUGAUCUUAGGCUUGUGUGUGGCUGCCCGGCCAUGGAAACCCAUUUCAUGAAGCUCACGACGAACAGUUCUUGUGCUGACGUUGCUUCCAGAGGCAGUUUGGAACUCGGUAGUCAGUGUUGCAACCGAGGACAGACGAUUUUUACGCCCUACGCACUUCAGCACUCGGUGGUUCCGUUCUGUGAGCUUGUGUGGCCUACCACUUCGCGGCUGAGAAGUUGUUGCUCUUAGACGUUUCCACUUCACAAUAACAACACUUCUAGUUGACCGGGGCAGCUCUAGCAGGGCAGAAAGUUGACGAACUGACUUGUUGGAAAGGUGGCAUCCUAUGAUGGUGCCAUGUUGAAAGUCACUGAGCUCUUCAAUAAGGCCAUUCUACUGCCAAUGUUUGUCUAUGGAGAUUGCAUGGCUGUGGCUGAAAUAGCCAAAUCCACUAAUUUGAAGGGGUGUCCACAUACUUUUGUAUAUAUAGUGUACAUUUCAUAGCAAUAGUCACCAAUGACUCAAAAGCCUGUUCCACUACAAGCCUCCUCAUGCCCUCCGUUUUACUUCCCCAAAAACUCACCAGCUGCCAUCACAGAGGAGCUCCUGAAGAUCACGGAGGACAAGCGGGACUUGACCGGCCUGAGGGGCUUUGAUUCCCCGUUCUACCGCACCACCGAGACCCUGACAGGUACCCAGGAGAAGCCCCUUCCCAACCCCCCACUGGGUGGCCCCAUGCCACCCCGGGAACCCCACAAUGCUGUGUCGACCCCAGGCAAGGCACUGGAGAAUGCCCAGGGGGCUAUUGGUGGAGAUGGAGGUGGGGACAGUAGUAGGGGCUCGGCCCUGGACCAGUCCUGGUCUUUCCAACCCGUGUGUCCCUUCAGCCCCAUCCAACACCCUCUUCACCAGAGCCCCUCUGCCCUGGAGGACGAGGUGGCCAAGUUCAGUGGCCUGUUCUCGCCAAGCCGCCCAGUGAAGAACCCCUCCCUGCCCUAUGAGGCCCUGUUUGACCUGGCUCUGCCCCGGGCUGCAUCCCUCUUCGUUGGGAGGAGGACGUCGGAAGCCCGGGGCAGAGUUGCCCUGGAGAGGCUGUGCCAGCGGCAGGAGGGGCUUGAGGACAGGGAGGAGGAGGGCGAGGAGAUGGUGUCUGCUUCCCCCCUGGAGGUGCUGGAUCGCCUUGUUCAGCAGGGGAGCGACACCCACGACAAGGUGCUCAAGAGGUGAGGGGCCCAGCUUUUAAUAUCUGUCAGGUCACAACUGUCUGACCAACUUUAUGCUUAUCAGUCUCUAUCAAAACCAACUGAUAAUGGGUUGUCUUAGUACCUAGUCCAAGAACAUGGGUUUCUGUGUGCUGUAUGUGUUGGAGACAAGUGGAAGCCAGAGUGUAUGUGAUGUGAAGCUCACUGUGUAGAACUGGGCUGGGUCCUUUCCAGUCCAUUGCCCUGGCACACGGGAAACGCUCAGUUGAGAACAACUACAGGCAUUGUCUGACACCCUCCACUCCCCUCCUACACACACACGCACACCGUCCUCGCUCCUAAGCCAAUAAUACAACAGCAGAGACCGUGUCAGCAGAGUUGGAGCUCUGCACAGAACUAUCUGGCUUUGCACAUUUCACCUCCCACCUCUUUAGUAUCCUCCCCAAAGAUGAAUGGCAGGCAUUGCCCUUUUUGAGGGAUGUAAUUGACUGGGACAGAGGGCCUACACACAUAAAGGUGUGUCUCCAAGCCCAGAUGGGUCGAGAAGGCAGGGAUCUACCAUUCAGGUCUUUAUAUGGGGGUCUGAUGUACUGUCCCAAUGCUGCCCCUGUUGAGCUGCCCCUGUUUUUUUUUAAACAUGACUCGCUCUCUUACAGAUUACCUUUGCCAAGCAAGUCAGCUGACUGGACACAUUUUGGAGGUAAAGAACCAGCACCAGAGCACUGCAGCUACACUGUACUAGCUAGUGCAACAGGGGAACACUGAUAAAGCUUUCAGGUCAUUUAGGCCUCAUGAUGUGUUUACCAUACAAUGACUACAAUGUAGUUUUCCUACAUCAGGCAGAAACAGAGGGCAUUUGACAAUAUGCUCACACUUUUCUGCCAUUGAAAUCCUUGGGCGGGCCCCUGAAGCAUUUAUUUUAUUAUUAUUAAUUUUCGGGAUGGAAAAACGUUUUCAGUAAACUUAAACAACUAAAACCUGACACAAAGUAUGUAGAGAAGAUAAUGGACAUAUUAUAUAUAUAUUUUUAGAAUAUCAUCUUUGAGAACUGACGAUCACAAAAAUAAAUGCUAGAAGGUCAGGGAGAAUUUAAAAUGAAGAAUACAAAAAACACGGCCACCACCUAAGCCCCUUUUUGAUCCAGAACACAACCUGGACUCAUUAAGUGCCUUGGAGGUAGAAUAGUAAUAAUAAAGACAUAAGCAGUUGAGAGUUCACAUGAUCCUUGCUGCAAUGUGAUAAUGAGAUCCUCCCUGGAUGGGAACAAGGGGCUCUGUUUUAACCAUGUCAAGCUGCUGAUCACUGUAUAACAGCCUUGUGUCUGGGCCUAAACUCCCUCUCCGCCUGCCAAAUAUUGGAAUUGAAUAAGCUCGCCUGGUUAUACAACUUAUAGAAGUAACGUAUAAGUGAUUGUUUGUGAAACCAACUCCACAAAGAGCUUAUGCUUAACUUAUGUAAGCUCCCUGGAUGAUUCUGAGAGGCCUUGGUGUAAAGUUCUCAUAGAUUUUAUCUGCCAGUUUUAUUUUAUGUACACCUACUCAGUUCCCUCUUUUCUGUGUUAGAGUUUGACUACAUACAGUGCACUAGUCAUACAACUUUCAUUCAUUAAUAAAGGAUUAUGAAUAAUCAGUGUUCAAGAUAUUAAUUAAUGUAGCUGUCAUGUACUGUGUAUGUGGGCCUGGUGUAGCUAGAGCUAAUGAAAUAAAACUAUAUCUACAUAAUUAACAAUACUAUUAUUUUAGCCCAGAAUAGCAUUAGAGGGACAGAUGGAACUGUGAGUAGGAAUAAUCAGAAAUAAGUUCAGAAAUACCUUCAAUGCAUCAUAAACUUCACAUCUACCCAGUGAAAUAAACCUUACCUUUUACAGUGUGGAGUUAAAAGUUACCCCCGCAAACAAUGUUCUCAAAGUUCCUUGACAUCGCCUGAGAAGGACCAAAUACACUGAGUGUACAAAACAUUAAGAACACCUGCUCUUUCCAUGACAUAGAUUGACCAGGUGAAUCCAGGAGAAAGUUAUGAUCCGUUAUUGAUGUCACUUGUUAAAUCCACUUCUAUCAGUGUAGAUGAAGUGGAGGAGACUGGUUAAAGAAGGAUUUCUAAGCCUUGGGACAAUUGAGACAGGGAUUGUGUAUGUGUGCCAUUCAGAGGGUGAAUGGGCAAGACCAACAUUUAAGUGUCUUUGAACGGGGUAUGGUUGUAGGAGCCAGGCACACCGGUUUGUGUCAAGAACUUCAACGCUGCUGGAUUUUUCACGCUCAACAGUUUCCCGUGUGUAUCAUGGAUGGUGCACCACCCAAAGGACAUCCAGCCAACUUGACACAACUGUGGGAAGCAUUGGCGUCAACAUAGGCCAGCAUCCCUGUGGAAUGCUUCCGACACCUUGUAGAGUCCAUGCCCCUAUGAAUUGAGGCUGUUCUGAGGGCAAAAGGGGGGGGGUGUGCAGCUCAAUAUUAGGUGUUCUUAAUGUUUUGUACACUCAGUGUAAAUACAGUCUAUUAUCCUGAUUUAUCUUUCUAUGACCGCACCAUUUUCCUGGUUGUCAUUAACCUUCUGUGUGCCUGUUCCCCCUCCCCCAGGUUCCGCUCCGCUGGACGAGCUGCACACGUUGCGUAGCCAGCUGCUCCUGCUGCACAGCCAGCUGCUAUACGAGCGCUACAAGAGGGAGCAGCACGCCGUCCGCAACCGACGUCUGCUGCGCCGCGUCAUCAACGCCACUGCACUGGAAGAGCAGAACAACGCUAUGGUAACAAACGCUCCUCCCUUCCCCGAGCUUCUCAGAACCAGUGCAAAUCUGUUGGGAGAUAGGAGUGUUGUAAUUCUAACUGUCUAAGACGGUUAUCAUUCAAAGAAUCACAAAGAAGCAGAUGUUUUGUAGAGAAAUAUCAUCAAGCAGGAGCCUAUCUCCCGAGUGGCGCAGUGGUCUAAGGCACUGCAUCGCAGUGCUAGCUGUGCCACUAGAGAUCCUGGUUCGAAUCCAGGCUCUGUCGUAGCCGGCCGCGACCGGGAGACCCAUGGGGCGGUGCACAAUUGGCCCAGCGUCGUCCAGGGUAGGGGAGGGAAUGGCCGGCAGGGAUGUAGCUCAGUUGGUAGAGCAUGGCGUUUGCAACGCCAGGGUUGUGGGUUCGAUUCCCACGGGGGCCAGUAUGGGAAAAAAUUAAAUAAUACAAAAUAAUAAUAAUGUAUGCACUCAUUAACUGUAAGUCGCUCUGGAUAAGAGCGUCUGCUAAAUGAAUAAAAUGUAAAUGCUCUUAAUCCAUUUCACUCGCCAACUUUGUUAUACUCACUCACACAUGCAUGUGAGGUACUGUGGGUUUUCCUCUGCGUUGCAUAUGGUGGAAAAAAUAUACUAUAUUUGAUUAAAUCAUAUGACAUUGUAGAUUUCUUCAGAAACAGUGAGUGAUAUGUCAUCCUCGCUCCCUGUGUUGUGUGUCCGCCUGCAGAAGGACCAGCUGAACCUGCAGAGUGUGGACGUCGUGUCUCUGAAGGAGAGUCUGCAGGUGGAGCAGCAGCGCUGCAGACAGCUGUGGGACGACAGAGAGACCGUGGUCACCAGACUACACAGCCAGGUCCGCCAGCUACAGCAGGGCCGGGACGACUACUACACCAAGAACCAGGAACUGCAGGUAGACGCAUGACCACAUUUACACACACACACACACACACACACACACACACACAAUACUGUAUAUAAAAUCUUCCAUGCUCUGUGUUGAAUUCUCUCUGAUGUUCUGAAAUGUCCUUUCCAGAGUCAGUUGAAUGAGUGUCAGAAGAAGAUGAAUGAGCUGGAGGCAGAUCUACAGAGAGCCAACAACAAAGUGUGUCACACGGGGCACCUACUCAACCAGAUGACCAUCAAGGUGAGGCAGCUCACCUGGUUCUACUUGCUCUGCUCUGUAAAAUAUCAGUCAGAUGCUGUAUGUGCAUAGAUUAAAGGAGUUUGUCUCCCUUCUGAUUGGUUGUUAUGUGUGUUCUUCAGCUGAGCACCAGUGAGAGCACCCAGCAACAGAUGAGUUUCCUGAACAAGCAGCUGCUGCUCCUGGGGGAGGCCCGCAAGCUGGAUGUAUUGCAGCAGCAGCACACGGGCUCCGACAGCACCAAGGUAGGGGGGCCAAGGACCACAGACGGAGUAUAGUAGGAACUGAGAGGGGAAACAGAAGAACAGGAUCAGUAGUAUUGCAUGGGUAGAAGCUGAAUCAAUGACAAAUUGCUAUGGAUGUCUCUGCCUGUAACCACCAUGAGAGAAUACCGGUCUUCCAUAUUGUGUUCCAUUGCAUUGUGGUAAAAGUUGUCAGAGACCUGUUCCCAUACAUAUGUAUUUGGAAAAGAACAACAACCUAUACAUACCAGAGACAAUACCUCUCAUGGAGGCCACUGGCCAAACUAGUUUAAACAGUCCACUGUCGCCACCACCAUCUCUCUAUCCCUGCAGGAGGCCCAGAUGGUGCAGGUGUCCUGGGGGAAGGAGGUUGAGAGGCUGAGGCAGAGCCUGCUGCAGCAGGGCCAGAAGCUGGAGGCAGCGCAGCAAAGGGUGGGCGAGCUGGAGACUCAGCUCACCAAGAAGGAACACCUCAUUGUGGAGCAGAAAAGGUUCCUGGAGGAUGUCAAGGGCCAGGCCAAGUAUGAGCACUCCGGGUUUAGAGGUGGAAAAGGCCUUGAAGACUUAUUUGGAUCAAGGCAGUUGGAUUAUGUGUUUUUAUGUACAACUGUAUGUGUUAGCAUAGCAGCUUGUCUCUGUAAAUGUGUGAUAUGAACAUAUCCAUCUAUCUCUGUGCAGGGGUGAGCUUCAGGCAUCAGAGAGCAGGUACCAGGCCCAGAGGAGAGUGACACAGCUCCUGCAAACUGAGCUGCUGCACCUCUACAGCAGACUGGAGAUGGAGGGUCAUGCCUGCCCUACCACAGCCUCAGCAGCAGGGGGCAGCAGUACCGAUCCUGGCCCUCCUAUAGACUCAAGGUGAGAUGGCAGUCAAACUGUUGAAGUUACAUUUUUUUACUUUAUUGCUGUUACAUUUUUUUACUUUAUUGCUGUGAAUGCACAUGCAGAAAUUUGUGUUUUUGUGCCAUUGGAAGCCAAAUGUAUAUUUGAAAGUAAUCACCCUCCAUGUUUUCCUCCUAUGUCUCUAUGGUAAUGGCAGUGUCAUGGAACCAGAUGGGCCAGUCACAUUGGGGACCAACGAGUGGUCAGAUGACAGCAGACCAUCUCAGUCCCCACGGGGCAACGGCAGCACUUUAUCGCCAGGGCAACCAAAGGCGAACAACCCACCCAAAGCGCCCCCUCUCAACUCCGCCAACAGCACCCAGGACAUCCCCCCACCUCUCCUUGUGGAGCCCUCCUUUUACAGUCCCCAUGCCACCCCACUGCCCCCUGACGCCGCCCCCCUCACGGUUGGCUCCUACCCCAGCGCCAACAGCUUCCUGGGGAUGAGGGCACGGGAGCUGUUCCGGAACAAGAGCGAAAGCCAGUGUGACGAGGAGCCGCCGCCCCCCCGCCUGGCCGGCCUUUCACAGUGCCUGAAGACUGAGCUGUGUGUGGAGCCCUUAUUUACCCCACUGGGGAAUGCUCUGACGUGUCCUGUCUCUGCCUCUGUCCCUACCCUUACCCUUGUACCUACCCUUACCCCUGUCCCUACCAUUACUCCUGUCCCUGCCUCUGUACUGGGUGUCCCUCUCACUGUGCCUGCCAAGAAGCACCCGCCUGAAACCAGGCAGAGGGCUACCAAGCAGGAGAGUCCUAGGAGGAAGAUGGGAGGAGCAAGGGGAGGGGCAGUGGCCAGCGCAGCACGACCAAGACAGCAACCGCCACUAAGGAUCAUGGACUACAACGAAACACAACAAGAGCACAGUUACAGAGACACCGAACUGAGAGAGGAGAAGAGAAUAGAGGGGAGGAUGGAGAGUAGGAAGAGUGGUCGUCCGGAGCAAGAGCUACAAGCAGUAGAACCAUAAAAGUUCAAGACAAAGCUCUUUUAAAUUCAGUGUUAUUUAUCCCAUUCCCUUAAGUGGACAACAGGAUUUGAACCUCUGAUUGAUUUAAUCCCAGAUGGAAAGAUGGGAAUGAAGGAAGGUUUAAAUAAGGAGGUCAUGUUACAAUAUACCAGCAGAGACCACAUUAUAUAUCUGGUCUAAUUGCAGUUAUACUUAGACAUUUGGGAGUUUUUUUCCCUGAACAAUUUCAUAUAAAUAGAGAGACCCUAUUUCCAAAUCUGUUGUUCAAAGUUAUAAGGUUUAAAAAAACGAAUCAAAAUAAGUUAGACAAGUAUAAAACACUAAGAAAGUAUGUGAGAGCCUUUUCAUUCUUAUGUAUUAGUCUUGUGGGGUGUGAGAGAAAGUGAUGGUAAUGAAAGCCUGGUUUUGGUUGACUAUUGUCUUGAGCACCUGUACUGAUGUUGUGUGAGGGAGGUGGGUUGGGGUGGGCUGAUUCUCAAGGCUUGGGGAGUAACUGUGCCAAGUAUGAGAUUGUUGUCAAUGAUUCCAACUCCUCUGCUAUGCUUGGGGAGGAACCUGGGAGUUUGACUGUUUCAUUUGAGAUAAAAUAUAGGAGGAGGAUUGCUGGUUUCCAUGCUGGUUUCAUUAUGUUCCUGACAGAAAUGACCUUUAGUAUGUGUUGAAGAGGGAGAACGUGUAUGUAUGUAUGCAUGUAUGUAUGCAUGCAUGUAUGCACGUAUGCAUGUAUGUAUGUAUGCAUGCAUGCAAGGGUAUGUUGUUUAAGUCAUGUUGCAAUCAUUUACAAAUGCUUUUUUAUGAGAAGUGACAUAUCUGAUGCAGAAAGUUACAAGUACUUUAAGUAACUAAUGUUGCUCAUGAUAACCACAUAUCUUGAAUUUAAAUCAGACUCAUGCUAUGUUAAUUCCGACAAAUCAUUUGUAAUACAUCAACCUGUGUGAAGCAGUAUUUUCUGUUUGAGUUCGCUAACAGAAAGUGUACAGAAAGACAGUGCCAAACAUUUACCAGAUACUGAAUACAACCAUUUCAAAAUGACUCAUUGACCUCAAAGUGCUCCUAUUCUAGUUCAGUAUCUGGGUCUCUCAAAAGGGCUGAUUUAUGCAUAAAAGGUUUGCAUGUGUUAUCCUCUAUUGUCAUAGAUACAGUGAGUCUGAAAAGAAAAAAAUCAAGUCUGCCAAUUCAUUCUUAUUGGUCCUCCUUCCCUACUGACCUAUGACAGUCAGAAUUGCUUCUUUCUUUUGGGUUCUGCCAUGUGUUUAAAUGGUAAUAAAUCCUGUUGUCCACUUAACUUCAGCUGUUAUUCCCUCUGCCUUGCUAUCUAAAGCAUGUUCAACAAUCCACUUUAAUGCCAACAGUAUAGUAGUAGGAACUACAACAAACCAAGAUAGAAGGUACAAUCAAGUGUGGACUAAAUGGAAAGCUUGAACUGGGACUCCUUUUGGAGCUGGAGAUUUUGAAAAAAGGCAAAAAACAAAGUUCUUAAAAGCAGUUGCUUGUGUUUAACUGUGAACAAUAAAAAUCGUCUUUAAUGUUUUGCACUACCGAUAC